CGGCGUCGUUGUCUCCUCCGAGCGAGAGCUUGCCUUCGCGUCUCGUGGGGACCGUCGGCUUUACACCUACAUAAAGGUCGGGUCGGGGUCCUCGGCCCGACCCCUCCGACGAUCAAGUUAGUUGAUGCGAAGGGGGUUUCAGAUGAAGAAGUAUCUUUUUUCUUCCCCCUCUAUCCGCUCGGAAUGCGAGGGUAUUUAUAGGGAAGCUUAUUGUUUCCUGAUGUGCCCGCUUGCAGGGGACAGGCUGGUAGCGUCUGACAUUGGGGUUGGCGUGGCGUGAAGAGCCGAGCUUGAGCAGAGCGUUAAUGUGCCUCGGUCGGCGCUUCGGUUUGCGUUGACCUGGUGCCGUGAGGCGUUAUUUGAGACGGCUAACGUCAUGCGAGUCUUAUCACAGUUAUUAUCCUCAUCAUAUUCCCCCCUAGAAAGAAGCUAUGCGUCGGUUCUCGUAUUGGGAGUCCGAUGCAUGGCUCCAGCUUUGAGAAACUGUCUCUGUCGGUCGUUACCCGGUCUGUUACCGGGGGUGCGGAUAUCGUGGAGGUUUGUAGUCAAGGGGGGCUACGUGUGCAGGGGUGACUGUUGGUAGGGUGCGGUCGAUGGACACUGCUCAGUUGAACAGGCUGGGCAGAGACCGGGGUCUCGAUUGAUACGUGGACACGACGCAGGCGAGCUAGACGCGUAGGUGUGUCUCGGGCAUCUUGGAGCCGAGGAGCACGACGCAGGCGGGCUGGCCGCGUAGGUGUGUCUCGGGGAUCAUGGAACCGAGGAGCACGACGUAGGCGAGCUGGCCGCGCAAGUGUGUCUCAGGAGGCAUGAGGCUGAAGAGCACGACGCAGGCGGGCUGGCCGUGCAGGUGUGUCUCGGGGAUCAUGAAGCUGAGGAGCACGACGCAGGCGGGCUAGCCGCGUAGGUGUGUCUCGGGCAUCAUGGAGCCGUGGAGCCACUUGGUCAGUGAUCGAUGAUUCACGGCUUAGCGAUGUGCAUGCGCGGGAUGCCAGGUCGCUUUUCUAGGGAAGCCCAAGGGGUUGCCACCUUCGGGAAGCGCUAGUUUUCGAGGUUGAUAAGAUAAAUGCUUCAGGAUUCGUAUCGUGCGCCGGUGGGAAGCCACGUCAGGCUAUAUUUAUGGCGAAGUGUUAUUCGGUCUUCCCGGCGUUAAAUGUUCCAGGAGAGGAAGGGUCGUCUUUUUGACGGGUUUUGGCCUAUAAGUAGCGUGUGGUUGGCUUCCUACAUGUCUUGUUAUUCGUUUGAUUUUCUCUCAGGACGAUCCUGUUUCGCACCCACCGGCCGUUCCUCUCCUCCUUCUAAGAUUUGGUAAGGAUGGCCUCUCCUCUUCCCUUGCCUUUGUCGUCUUCGCCUCCCACCUCUGGUAACGCUGGAGAGAAGGUGUUGCCGGCGAGUCCCCACUCAUCGUCGGACGAGAAGGCGGUUCGAGCCCUCGAGUCGCUAAUGUGGCCGCAUGACCUCGACUCCAGUGUGAGCGAGUCGUCGCUUGGUUACCUCCGGGCUCGCUAUAGUAUCCCGGAGGAAUUUUCGCUCAUUGUCCCUGAGCCGGGGCAAUGGGUAUAUGACUCCAUCCCAAGGGGUUUUGCCUUGACCUUAGAUGCCUUUGAGGCUGGGUUGCAUCUCCCACUUCACCCAAUCAUAAGUUCUUGCGUCUCGUUCUAGCGCAUUUCUCCCUCUCAGAUGGCGCCGAACUCCUGGUGUUAUCUGGUAGCGUUCUUAGGGGAAUGCCAUUACGCCGAUAUCAACCCUAGCCAGUCCCUCUUCCUUUCCUGCUUUCGUCUCUCCAAAGGGUCGGGGGGUUAUUACCUGUCCACCCGAUCGGGUUUCCAUGUUAGCGGGGCUCCUUCGAACAACAAAGGGUGGAAGGAGCGUUUCUUCUACGUGAGCCAUCCGGAGGGUUGGAGCUUCGGGCUUUGGGCGGCGCGCGCGAUCGACAACACCGCCCCGGCUCUAAAUGACUAGGAGCGCAAGGCCCUCCUGAGACUUAAGGAGAUUCUUCCGGCCUCUCGAGGCAUUCGGGAGAUGACCGAGGCGUGGCUGGUCGAGGCGGGACUGAGCCCAAUGCCUCGAGGUAUGCCCUUAGCGAAUAGUGGCAGGGUUUUGUGUGUGUGUUUUUUUUUAGGAUCCUAACCUCUGUCGAUGUUUAUAUGCAAAAAAUGGUGAACCUGAUUGCUGUGCGCGGGGGGCACUCUUCGUCGACGCCGUCGUCGCGUUGUCCGGCCGAUCCGGGUGUCGGUACAAGAGAGGCGCCGGUGGUGCUUGAGGGCGGCCGCCCUCGGAAAAAGGCCAAGAUUGCCCCCUCGAAGAAACCAAACCCGCCGGCAACUCGGCCAGGGGAGGUCGUUGUUGAGUCGGGCAACCGUGACUGGCGAUGAGGCCUUGGUCGAGGGGAGGCCGGGCCAAGCAAUGCGGGGGCAGGGAAGGCGCCCCGAGAGCCUUCCAUCCGAGACUUGUGUCGCCUCCCUGUGGGGUCGCAGGACGAGUCUUACCAGGCUCGUGUGAUGGGCGGGCUGCUAGAGGGUCGACCCUCCGAUCCGUUGGAGGCCCGGUGGGCGGGGUUGACCCGCGGGACCCGGGUGUGGGCCGACGGGGAGGUUGCAGUCGCAUUUGUCCAUGGUGGGCUUCACCCCGAUAUGGCCCGGGAGCUGUACACCAUGCCCUCGGAUGUUUUGCUUGGUAAAUCUGCCAAGUCGUUGCUGUGGGGCCAACAUUACGCUAUGGUGUUGGCGGACCGCGUGCGUGAUGCGGGUCGGGCCCUCGGUAUCCUGUGCGACCGGAAUGCUGAGCUGCGCAGGGAAAUUGAGGAGGUCCGUGCCGGAGCGACUUCGGAAGCGGUCGCAGCGGCCGAGCAGCGCUCCUCGGAGCUAGAAGCGGAGGUGACGUGCCUAAAGACCGAGGCGGUGACGGUUGACCAGCGCUUCUCGGCGCUGGAGGCAGAAGUCUUACGUCUCAAGUCGGAGGCGACGAUGGCCGAAGAACGACACGUAGGGCUUCAGGGGGCGUUAAGGGCGACUCGGACCGAGGCACAUCUGGCCCGGAACGAGGCGGUCUCCCUUACCAAGAGACUGGAAGAGGCUUUAGCCGAGGCGAAGGCGGCUUCCGAGGCCCAGGCCGCCGAACAGAUUCUGCGGCCCGAGAGGGACAAGAAGCUAAUCGAGGACUACAAACAGUCCUCGGGCUUUCAGCUGGGGCUGGUUUGGUUGGGGCAGGUCACCUACGAGUAUGGGUAUCGGAUCGACUUGGGCCGAUUCAAGGCACGCCAUCCUGGUCUGGAGGUUGAAGCGGACCCCUUCGCCUCACUCCCUGAAGACCGAGGUGUGGACAUGCCAGACGAGGUCCCCUUCGACGAUAGUGUUGGGGGCUCUAGUAGUUAGGGCAUGUACUCGCCAUGUAAAGUUUUGGUCGGCCUAAUGUUGGGUCUUGUAACUUUUGAAUUUAAAUAGAGAAAUUUUUGUA